AUGAUUGCAGCAGCUAAAGAUGCCAUGGCCAUCCAGCAGAAGACUCAAGUGAAGGGCCCUCCAAAGCUCAUCAGGCCACACAUGCCACUCAAACAACCACAGCUGGAGAUGAUGAGAUUAGUGAUCAGUUCUGACCUCGCAGGGCCCAUUCCUGACUGGGCAGAGAAAGCUGCAUCACAAGCUCAGCUGAAACCAACACAACCCACCAAGUCCAAUGUGGAUCCUGAUGAAAAACCUGAAGAAUACAGUGGGCCAGCACCAAAAGCACAGAGGGAAAAGAACAUUGUGCAUCUGAAUGAGAAACCAAAAGUCACCUUGAGAGGCAAGAAGCACUCACUCCCAGUCCCAGAUGAAAUAGAGUUGUCCACAGAAGAACUCAAGGACCCAGACACUGCAGAAGAACUCAAGAUUCUAGAGGAUCCAGAGGCUGAUGAAAAACCAGAGAACCUCAAAGACCUAAAUGCUGCCAAUGAUUCAAACUACAAGAUGCUUGAGGAUGGGGAGGCUGAACAUGAAGAUGACAAAAGUGAUUCCAUGAUGGUGGUGAAUAAGGCUAGUAUGGCACAACACACAAGCUCUAUGUCAGUUGAUAUCUUGGAGAAGAAACCCACAACAAAGCAGGCUAAAGGCCUUACUACUAGGAUCAAGACAGAGGUCAAGACUGAGCCUGAGGCUGUUGUGUCAGCAAAUAUUCAUGCAAAGCUCAAGAAAGGCAAGGCGAGAAAUGCACACCUACCCAGUGGAGUCCUCAAAAACAGAAUAUGGCACAUGAAGUUCCUUCCCUGUCUGAUGUAUUGGGUUGGUAACAGCAACUAUGGAUGGACCAUACCAGAGACUGAGCUUGAGUCUGUUCUGGAGUCGAUAUUUUAUGCAGUGUACCCACAUAGCAAAGGAGGGUGUAGUUUUGAGGUUGAAGACUUGUCUUUUCAACUGUAUGAGACCCAGGAAGCCCAUGAGGAAUAUGCCAAGUAUCAACUCCAGGAAUGCUGUUUCAUCUAUGAAGAUCCUGACAAUGAAGAGCAACCCGGCAUCUUCUUGUCAGAACAUAUACUACACAUUUUUGCUGCACACCUCAUCGCAGUUGCCAGGAAAGUAAGGGUGGAUUUGUUGGUUGAAUUUUGCAAGCCUGGGUAUCAGACCACACUGGCACUGACAGCUGUGGCAGCUGAGCAUGCUCUCAUCUUAGUCAAAGAUCAGUUGUUGAUUGAUAGCAACCCCACUGACAAUGGUGGUAAAACUCACAAGAUCGUACAGACACUUAACAAACUUGAAGUGACUAAUAAGAUGAGCCAUACCAGGACAGCAUUUUCAUCUGGAAACUGGGAGAUGGACACCAUGGCAUACAUGGACAGUAUCAAGGCUCUACCCCAUGAACGCAUCCAAGAGAUUCUUGAGCAGUUGGAAAACUAUAUGAAGCACCCUCAUUUCAAUCAUCGCAGUUCAGCAGAUGAUGAUUCCACCACCCCAGAGGAUGACACAUCAUUUUUUUUGGAAUACUACCACGAUAUCAUCAUUCCCCCUCAUUUCCUGCUCUUUCGACUAGUGGCUCCACUGCAUGCAUACUAUACCCUUUUCCUGAGCCCCCUCUAUCAUUUGGAUGCUAAAACCACCUUCCUUAAAUUUUCGAACCUCCUUAUCUGCUCUAUUAUUUGGACGCUAUAA